UGUGUUUGUUUUGUUUUCAAGCUUUCCCUGCUCACCUGCUUAGGUUUUGUCUGGCCAAAGGCCAGGUAUCUGAGCAGGUGCUACACCGUGUUAGGGUUAUUGCGCGUCCGGAAGGACACGGCUAUCCCCAAUGUCCUCUCCAGCUGAGAAUCCCGCACAGACAACGAGCGGCAGUGCGGAUCUAACCAGUUGGCGCAGCGUGACCCAAACGAUGGAGAUGGGAAAUUUCGGAAACAUGGAGACGGACCACACGGGUGGCGAGGAUGCCCUGGCCGCCGAUCCACAGACUGCCGGCUUCUUCGCCCGCGGCCGAGAGUGGGAAGCGCGCACGGAUAUCCACAAGUACACUGAGGCUGAGCGCCAGAUUCUAAAAACGUUCGACAGCUUCGAUUACCUGCCCCCGCACAGUACAUCUUACAAGGUGUGGCUACGUAAUCAGCCGCAACGCUUUGAGUGGGAUCGCUGGGUGAUGAUGGGCAUGAUUGGGUUCUGUACGGGAAUGGUCGGCUUUCUACUUCACCAGCUGAUUGACGUCAUUUCAGAUACAAAGUGGGACAGGGUGAGAGACAUCAUUCGAGAUGGUGACUUGAUCUUUGCCUGGGGCUGGCUGAUGUGGUACAGUCUUCUCUUUGCCUUAUUUGCCACUGUCUUGGUCGUGGUGUUUCGUCCAGCAGCCGCUGGUUCCGGCAUUCCCGAACUGAUUGGCUUUCUCAAUGGCACCUCUGUGGCGGCCAUCUUCAACGUGAAGACAAUGGUUGUCAAGUUUGUAUCGUGUGCCUUCUCUGUCGGCUCGGGUCUACCCGUGGGGCCGGAAGGGCCUAUGAUCCACUUGGGAGCUCUUGUUGGUGCUGGCUUGAGUCAGUUUCAAUCACGCACGCUAGGGUUCAGUACGCCGUACUUCACCCGCUUCAGAAACUCCGAAGACAGGCGUAACUUCAUCUCCGCCGGUGCGGGCGCUGGUAUUUCAUCAGCGUUUGGUGCACCUGUUGGCGGUCUUCUGUUCGCUAUGGAAGAAGUCUCCUCGUUCUGGAAUCUCAAGCUUGGCUGGCAGACAUUCUUCUGCACAAUGGUGUCGGCAUUCACUACAGAUCUGUUCAACUCUUGUUUUGACAAGUUUGUGCCGGUGCACACGUUUGGACAGUUCUUCUCCACCAAGUAUAUCCUGUUUGAUAUUCAGCUUGGCAUCCCUAUCAACUUGCUGCUGUUCCUUCCGGCUGCCAUCAUUGGUAUCUGUGGUGGUAUCCUCGGUGCUCUCUUCACCUUUGUCAAUGUCAAGAUCUCCCGAGGUCGGCGCUACUUGCAGGGCAAGUGUAAGCGUCGCGUCACCAAGAUGUUAGCACGCAUGGCGGAGCCGGUGCUUAUUAUGUUUAUCACUGCAACGUUGGUGAUGUUUGUUCCAAUGGGAUUCGACUGCACGCACUAUCGCUGUGGACUGCCAAAGGGUUACUCGUGUGACGGUACCCACUGUAUGCUAACCAACGGUUCUAACCUCAGCCCGCGUUGCAUUGACAGUUACCCAGCCAGUCCAAGAAUUAACCAAAGUGAGGGUCCAGCCCACUUGGAACACUACCUGUGUCCGAGAGGUAGCGUGUACACGUUUGAAGGCAACGGAACCGUGCGUUAUUUCUCCAACGACUCCUACAGCCAAGUGGCUACUCUGAUGUUUGGAACCGGAGAGCAAACCGUGCGUCAUCUCUUCUCACGCUCCACACAUCUGGAGUUCACUGCUGGGCCGUUGAUAACCGUACUGGUGUUGUACUUCUCCCUGGCAUGCUGGGCAGCUGGUAGUGCUAUAUCCAGCGGUCUGGUUGUACCUAUGCUGCUUAUCGGUGCUCUGUACGGUCGUCUCAUAGGCUACGGCAUGGUGCGUGCAUUCGGCAUACAUGCACCAGGUUCCUACUGGGUAUGGAUAGAUCCCGGUGCUCUGGCACUCAUCGGUGCUGCAUCCUUCUUCGGCGGCGUGUCCCGUCUCACAAUGUCACUCACCGUUAUCAUGAUUGAGAUAACAAAUGACGUUCAGUUCCUGUUACCUAUCAUGGUAGGUGUGAUGUGUGCCAAAUGGACCGGGGACUACCUCACACAUCCGCUCUACCAUGCUCUGCUGGAGCUGAAGUGUAUACCGUUCCUGGACGAGGAGCCGGUCAUUGUGCACGCAGCUGACGAGUCUGGCCACACGCACUCUCACGGCAAAGGCGGUCCUUCCAAUCUUGAGCUGUACCAGGCGCGGCACGCGAUGAGCUCGCCCUGUGUGACUAUUUCCUUGCAUGAGAAAGUUGGACAGAUAGCCCGUAUGCUGCUGUUCUUGCACCAUGGUGGUUUCCCCGUUGUCAGAAUUGUCAACGGCAAACAGCUCUACUGUGGUUUAAUUACCAGGCAGCAGUUGCAGGUGAUCAUCAACCAUGGUGAGCAGUUGUUCCUGCGAGAAGAUGAGCUACCAAAGCAGUCGUUUGAGGACUACCUGGAGAGUGAGCCUCGGAGCGUGCCUGUCUCCUUCGAGAAGAUGUCGUCGGUCCUGACAAGGUCAAUCACCGGUAUAACACGCCUGUCGCAGUACGCCGACGAAGAACGCUACAACAACCUCUACAUUGACCUGAUGCCCUACGUAAACCAAUCCCAACCGUCUGUUCCCGCUAGUUUCAGCUUGCACCGUACCUACAUCAUCUUCAGGACACUGGGUCUGAGACAUAUGCCAGUCGUGGACUUUGAGAAUACGGUGGUUGGCAUAAUAACACGCAAGGACUUGAUGGGCUUUGCGCUGGAAGAGCGUAUCACCUAUCACCGUCGUGCUCGUGGUCGCCGUACAGCCCCGGCCUCUGCCUUGCUCAGCAGUACAUCAGCGGAUAGGCUCAGUGGCAGCCGGUCCAGUGACUCGGUGCUCCUCGAGGACGGAGUGGACGGCGAGUACCACCUGCUGACCGAGUCUUGAUCACCUAGAGGCAUGUGAUGGAGCAAGUCGUGCGGCAGUCAGCAGACUCGUCCGCCGAUGGAACUGCAUCGCAGUACACUGUGUGCAUCGGGGUGGUUACGCAGUCAAGACCAGUUAGCACAUGUGCAGCAUUGCCACACAGCUAACAUAAGUGUGUCCUCCCCUCCGCUUUGUGACGUGCUGCCAUUGCCAUACAUGAUAAACUAUCAAGCAAGGCUUGCACGCAAAUACAGUGAACAAUACUGAACAUACAUGUACAAUGAACAUACUGUACAGCAACGAUUGGAUGCGAGUGCACUGGGUAGCAACGUCACUCUGAGACAACGACGUGCGCCGAGUUCCACGCGUAACGCACAUGCGAACAAACAACGCAUCUCGCAAGGGCCGCUGUGGACAUUUGUGGCAACACAACAACCAAGGCCACGGUGAUCUCUGUGUCUGUGCUUCAUUUUUGUCUUAGUAUUUCUAACCUGAUUGCAGUAUUGAUGAUGAUUGUAAGCAAACAAUAUUUUGGAUUGUUUUUCAAAGAAAUUUCCGCUAUUUUUUAAACAGCCAUGCAGGCCAUAUUUUUUAUGUAGAGGAUGAUCUACGAUACAUUUAUUUUCCUAAAUUAAUUAUAAUCUUUUGGCACCUCUUGCGGGUCAGGAAUUGCUAUCUUUUCUUACGAUUAUCAUAUUGUUGGCACUUCGAAGACUUUCGAUACAAGAUUGACCAUGA